UAUUACAUUAUCCAGUUAUCCGGGAUCGUUUUUGUCGCUGCUGUACUAGUUUGCACUUUACAGUCUUUACUCAGGACACCCUCGAUGGCUGUGUAAACGAGGAUGUUUUCGCCGCAUCCAGUGCUGCAAAUGUGUCAUAUUGUCCAAUUCUGUAUGGAAAACGAAUCUGUUUACAUUACUUUACCAGUUUUCAUCCCAAAGUCAGCUCCCACAAAAUUAGGAACGCCCAAGCUCAAAUCACUUGCACAUCCGGCAUUUGCAUUUGCGGCUGUAAAUGUGUCCAGCAACCAUAAUUCAUUUUCAUAUACCGUACCCGUUGGUACUGCAUGCGUAAAAGUUACGAGUAUUUCCAGGCUGGUGUUCUAUCGAUGCAUCCAUCCGAAAUACCACGGUUGAAUAGUGAACUUUCACUUUUAUGCAUUUGAUUCGGCUACCGUCGGACAAUCAUUCCAGCGCGAAUCUGGUGUGGUUACCGUGUACUGCACUUUUUUAGUCUGUGCGUUGUGGAAUGCUGAAAAGUGAAAUAACUGUGGCCCUGAAUUUGCUUUAUUACGCCCCAAAUUAAUUACGUUUUAUUUUGAAAAACAUGUCAAGUCGCCAUACAUGUAUAUACUACGAAUAGCUUCAUUAUCCUGUGUCCGCUUAUGAGCGCAUAAACUACUGUGUCAACGGGAUUGAAGACUAUCACUAUGGGAUCGCUCUGCAGGAAUCUCAUCGUUUUGUGCAUUCUGACAUCCAUGACCAUCCGACGGUCAUCCGCGGUGAAUCCGGCAAAUUAUUUUCCUGCUCCCACUGGACUGGACGCCGAAGUGUUAAAUAAUCACAGUAUUCGUGUGUUUUGGCGUCCUCGAGAAUAUUACCGGGCUUCAUCAUCGUACCGAAUCACGCUGUAUCCAGAAUAUGCUGACUACAGAAUUACCAAAGACGUCCCGGGAACAUCUGCUUCGGCGGUGUUUGAGCAUCUCAUGCCCGCCGCUGUGUAUAACGUUACCAUACAAAGCGGCCAUAACGAUUACUUUGGUAAAAAAGGUGAAGUUGUAACUGUUAAACUGGAAAAGCCGGAUAAAAUCGAUAGCGCCGGAAGAAAUGUGACCACGCCCGAUGGGCUUUCCUGGCUGGAAAUGUCGGCAUCAACGACCCCGAAAACGGAAGAAAUUGUCAUUGUCAGCUUGAUUGUGGUAUUCUGGAUUUUUGUUAUAUGUGUAUUUACGAGCAAAUGGGCAAAGAUUCGAGUCAUCGAACCGCGUUACUUUGAUUAUAAAUUCCUAUUGAAAUAUGACAAAGCGUUCGCCAUACGAAACCAAGCAAUAUCCGUUGGCGGCGCCAAUGGUCCACGGAAAUCAAUUGCGCCCAGUAUGACUGGGAUACGGAUUACAGCGGCCCGGCACAGCAUAGCAGUGCCAUCCAUGCGGAUGUACAAUGCCGGUCGCGGAAGUGUAAUGUGUGGCAGUGCGGCCGCCGACUCCUACAGCAAUCUGGACCUGUCCAUGCUGCAACCUUCGCGACCGUUCCUGCUGCCGCUGCGCUUACAACAGCACCGGCAUUCGCACGAUGUCAGAAUGGAAUUUCAUCCUCCACAGCAACAUGAUAACGACUGUUCCGAAACACCAACCAGCGUGUAGCGCGAUUCAGAAACGAUAAUGUUUAAUACUACUUCCCGGUUGAUGUUUUUCAAAUACUCCCAAUAGGACAGUAUUAGCAAGUUUUACAUAUUUGUUUUUUUGAACCCCUAGCGUUCUGACUUCUGAGUUUCCUUCUAGCAUUCCCGGUUGUGGUUGUUUUGCAGUGAUUUUCGUUAUGGUAUAUUGUAAUGGUUAUUAAUUGGUUUUAUUAGAUUCUACUUGCUAUUCUUAUAUAAAUUAUUAAUUUUAUUAUCCGUAGAACUGGGCACGGGGUAAUGCGGCGUCAA